GGGCAUUUGCUUGCCAAAAUCAUUAACUUGCUCGUUGAUCGCCGCUGCGUCUCGGUUUCUGGUCUCCGAUUAGUCCAUCGUCGGAGAUGGGGCUCGUCCGCGCUCCCACCAUGCGGAGCGGCGAUUUCCUCGAAGGCAUGAUCAGCGACUACGUGGCCACCAAGUCGUCGGGCGCCGGAAAGCCGCGCGCCGUCCCCAAACUCGUCUCCUCCCGCUUCGUCACCACCUUGACCUGCCUUCAGUUUGGUUUCGCCAUCUACGCCACCUUCCUCCUCUACUACAUGAGCCCCUCCGUCGACCUCCGUACCCGCGCCGACUUCUCCUGGGCCACCCGCAUCGCCCACCAAUGGAAGUAUUUCAUCGUCAAUCCCAACAACGUCGACUCCUCCGCCCUCGCGGGCCUCAACCCGGCCGACGUCUGCGAGUCCGAGCGCAUCGAGUUCGAGCAGAAGAAGUCUGACGACGCCGUCAUGAUCAAGCUGAAGCGCGAGCUCUACGACGAGGUGCUGGCGUUCCAAAGCAAGAACGCCGGAACAGAGUCUCUGUCGGAGCUGCUUCAAAUGCCGUCCCAGUGGAGCCGGACCAGGAUCAAUUCCCCGAGGGUGACGGUGAUUCUGAACCACUUCAAGCGGCGGACACUCUGCGCGCAGCUAGACUCGCUGCUAAACCAGACGGUGCCGUUCCACCACGUGUGGGUGCUCUCGUUUGGCAGCCCCAAUGAGGCGGUGCUCCGGGGGAUCGUGGAGAGCUACAACCAUUCCAGGAUCAGCUUCAUCAGCUCGAGCUACGACUUCAAGUACUACGGGCGGUUCCAGAUGGCGCUGCAGACGGAGUCCGACUUCGUCUACAUCCUCGACGACGACAUGAUUCCUGGCCGGCGGAUGCUGGAGAUUCUGACGCAUGUCGGGGGUACGGAGAAGUACAAAAACUCUGUUUUAGGGAGCAUCGGCCGGAUUCUUCCCUUCCGGCAGAAGGAUUUCACAUUCCCGAGCUAUCGCAAGUUCCGCUCUAAGGAGGCCGGAUUGUAUCUGCCAGAUCCUGCUUACGAUAUCACAGUUAAGAAGAUUGUGCAGGUGGAUUUCUUGUCGAGUUCCUGGUUUUUGUCUGCGGAUCUGGUGAAGACUCUUUUCGUGGAGACGCCGUUCACUUUCAUGACAGGCGAAGAUUUGCACCUCAGCUAUCAGCUUCAGAAGUACAGGAAUGCAGGCUCCUUCGUGCUGCCUGUCGAUCCAAAUGACAAGGAGACAUGGGGCGACAGCGAGCACAGACUCGCCUACGUUUCAGAGACCACCGUCAUCUUCAAGGACGUCGUCCAAGUCCGCGACGAUCAAUGGUGGCGCGCUCUGUCCACGGGCUACAUCACUCAGUGGGCUGCCAUGCACCCUCAAAAAGUAGAGGCCUUCUUCUACGCUCACACCCCCGACGAAGUCAGAGCCCUCGCUCCUCUCCUCGAGAAGUUCCGCGCCACCGUGGGAAGGAAAGCCUACAUCGUCGUCUCCGGCGGAAGACACUGUUCAUGCGAGGACGCCGUCUCUGUUCUCAAGUGGCCCAAGAAUGUAUGCAAGGAAAGGAGGUUCAAGAUCUUCGAUUUAGAAGUUGGAGCCAUUUCAGGCGUAUCGAACUCGGAUGUUCCAGUGAUUCAGGCUGUGUAUUCAAGCUUGAAGGGGCUUCUCAAGAUUCACAAUCCCAGCUUGCUGAUUGCCGUCGAUGAUAUCGAUCAAAAUAUUAAAAACGCGCUAAACGUUGCGUGCGAGGGGAGUGCAAACGGCACGGUUCUUGUUCUUCUACCGAGACCGGCGGUGUCGAAGGUUUUGUGGAUGGCGGAUCUACGACCCACAGCAUUACCGAACUGGAACCGGAUGCGGAUCACUGUGAACAUCAUCACCCAAAACCGUGCCACUUCCCUGCGGCGGCUGCUCCAGUCGCUGCAGGACGCGUACUACCUCGGCGACGAGGUGCGGCUCACCUUCAACAUGGACAGCAAGGUGGACGAGGCGACCCUCCAGCUGGUGGGCUCCUUCUCGUGGCCGCAGGGCCCGAAGCAAAUCCGGCGGCGCAUCAUCCAGGGCGGCCUCAUCCGCGCCGUGAGCGAGAGCUGGUACCCGAGCUCCAACGACGAGUUCGGCCUCCUCCUCGAGGACGACAUCGAGGUGUCCCCCUAUUACUACCUGUGGAUCAAGUACGCCCUCCUCGCCUACCACUACGACCCGCAGGUGUCGCUCCCGGAGCUCUCCUCCAUUGCUCUCUACACUCCGCGCCUCGUCGAGGUGGUGAAGGAGCGGCCCAGAUGGAACGCGACGGAGUUCUUCAAGCGGAUCCACCCCAACACGCCGUACCUGCACCAGCUCCCCUGCAGCUGGGGCGCCGUAUUCUUCCCCAAGCACUGGCGCGAGUUCUACGCCUACAUGGGCGCGAGAUUCACAGAGGACGCGAAGCAGAACCCGGUGCAGAUCCCCAAGUCGCGGACGAACGGAUGGCAGGCCUCUUGGAAGAAGUUCCUUAUCGACAUGAUGUACCUGCGCGGCUACGUGAGCCUCUACCCCAACUUCCCCGAUCAGGCCAGCUUCUCCACCAACCACAUGGAGCCCGGCGCCCACAUCAGCGCCAAGGAGAACAUAGUCAACCAUAAGAAGAUGGACUUCGAGGUGCCGCUUAUGACCGACGACUUCACGCACCUGCUUCCAGCGGGGAAGAUGCCGCCGGCUUCCAAGCUGCCGGUGAUCAAUCUGUUCAACCAGGCGGUGUCGUUAAAAGGGCUGAAGGCGGCGGGUGCUAAGCUGGGGCAGGACGUCAUCAGUUGUACCGGAGGGGAGGUCGUCGGCGUCGAUCAUGGCACGGGUCUACCCAAAGAGUGCUCCAAGUUCUGAUAUAUAUAGAUGGAUCCAUCCAUCGUACGUAUCAAUGAGUUCUAAUUUGGUUUUAGGCAUGCAAUUUAUUUUAUCUACUUGGUAAAAUUUUUUGGUUUGUUGAUGAAGGCGAAGAACUGAAUUUGUAAAGAUCGAUAGCCAAAAGUGGCUUAGUUCUAUCAAG